CUGGGCUGGGCUGGGCUGAGCGGGCGGGCGGUGGCCCCGCCGGGCCACCCUUAAAGCGCGGCCGCCCCCAGCCUUCACCCUCCUUCCUUCUUGCUCACCUCUCUCCCUCCGGCCCCCAGCGCCCGGCCAGGACCCCGCCGGCCCCAUGGUAGCAAAAAGCAAGAGUAAUGGCAAAUCAGUGCCAAGCUUCUUUGGCUACCCCAUCAGUAUCUUCUUCAUCGUCAUCAAUGAGUUCUGCGAGCGGUUCUCCUACUAUGGCAUGCGAGCUGUGCUUGUUCUGUAUUUCAAAUACUUCCUGCAUUGGGAUGACAACUUGUCCACAGCCGUCUACCACACGUUCGUUGCUCUGUGCUACUUGACACCAAUCUUUGGAGCACUCAUUGCAGACUCUUGGCUGGGAAAGUUUAAGACUAUUAUCUCCCUGUCCAUUGUCUAUACAAUUGGGCAGGCAGUCAUGUCUAUAAGCUCCAUAAAUGACCUGACUGAUUACAACCGAGAUGGCACUCCUGACCAUAUUCCAGUGCACAUUGCCCUGUCCAUUGUUGGUUUGAUCCUCAUUGCACUUGGUACUGGUGGCAUCAAACCUUGUGUGUCAGCAUUUGGUGGAGAUCAGUUUGACGAUGACCAGGAAAAACAAAGAACUAGGUUCUUCUCUAUCUUUUAUUUGUCCAUUAAUGCUGGAAGUCUUAUAUCCACUAUAGUCACCCCCAUUCUCAGAGGUCAAGAAUGUGGCAUUCAUAGCAAACAACGAUGUUACCCACUAGCCUUUGGAGUUCCUGCUGCCCUCAUGGCUGUUGCACUGAUUGUGUUCAUAAUUGGAAGCGGGAUGUACAAGAAAGUUCAACCUCAAGGCAAUAUAAUGGUUCAAGUUUCCAAAUGCAUUGGAUUUGCCAUCAAAAACCGGUUUCGGCAUCGCAGCAAGGAGUUCCCCAAAAGACAGCACUGGCUAGACUGGGCAAGUGAGAAGUACAAUAAACGACUUAUUGCUCAGACUAAGAUGGUACUGAAGGUGCUUUUCCUUUACAUUCCUCUCCCCAUGUUCUGGGCGCUCUUUGACCAGCAGGGGUCAAGAUGGACACUGCAAGCCACAACAAUGGAUGGGAAUUUUGGAGCUGUUCAGAUUCAGCCAGACCAAAUGCAGACUGUGAAUCCAAUCCUGAUUAUUGUCAUGGUCCCAGUUGUAGAUGCUGUGAUUUAUCCUUUAAUUAAAAAAUGCGGGAUCAAUUUUACGCCGCUGAGGAAGAUCACUGUUGGUAUGUUCCUUGCAGCUUUGGCUUUUGUUGCUGCUGCUCUUGUGCAAGUGCAAAUAGAUAAAACUCUUCCUGUUUUCCCUUCAGCUGGGCAAACCCAAAUCAAAAUAAUAAAUCUAGGUUCUGUUGAUGCAACAGUUCAGUUUGAACCUGGACUUCAGAGUGUGCCUGUAGCACCUGAUGUGGCAACGGACUACAUGACAUUUGACUCUUCUAAGUUAAAUUUAUUAAAUGUAACCUCUGGAAAUCAAACUGUAAGUCAAGUGGUCAGCUCACUAGAGAAAAAACGUCAUACUCUUGCAGUGAAAAAUGUUGGAACAACCAUUGAAGCUGAAUUGCUGCUUGACAAUAUCACAUCAAAGCCAGAAGAAGGAAAUAAUCUCAUCAGAUUUAUAAACAAUAUGGCUCAGACAGUCAACAUCACUAUGGGUAGCACUCACUUUGGACCACUGGAAUCUCUUGCUGCCAGUAAUUACGAAGUCUUUUCAGGAGGAAGGAAAGCUAUUAUUGGGAAUACAAGUUCAUCUUCUUGUGGAAUUUCCUCAAUGAAGUUUGGAUUUGGCAGUGCCUAUACAAUUGUAAUUAAUGAGUGUUCCGGAAGCUCAUUAGAGGUAACAUAUGUUGAAGAUAUCCCACCCAAUACAGUCCACAUGGCUUGGCAAAUACCUCAGUAUUUUAUUAUUACAUGUGCUGAAGUAUUUUUCUCUGUCACUGGACUGGAGUUUUCAUACUCACAGGCCCCAUCUAGUAUGAAGUCAGUGCUGCAGGCAGGAUGGCUGCUGACAGUGGCUGUUGGUAACAUAAUUGUCCUCAUAGUGGCUGGAGCAUCCAGACUCAGUGAACAGUGGGCAGAAUAUGUGCUAUUUGCUGCCUUGCUCUUGGUGGUUUGCAUUAUUUUUGCUGUCAUGGCUUAUUUUUACACCUAUGUUGAUCCAAAUGAGAUUGAAGCCCAACUGGAUGAGGAAGAGAAGAAACAAGCCAAAAAGGAUAAAGACCUUGAAAAGGAAGCUGAAGUUGUGUCUCGGAUGUAAAAGGUGUAUUCAAGGAGUGUUGUAAACUAUGGUAUCCCAUUAACUGGCUUUGCAGUAAGAGGAAUCGGGGUAUCAGCAAUGAUCUCUGGAUAAUGUCCCUCAUGGGAGAGGUUAAGAGAAACUGUUUUAACUUUCUAACUUAAAAUGCAGCGUCUCUUGGGAAGCAAAAGGAAAAGAUUAGUCUGUCUUGUACAGAACAUGGCACCCUGAAGAAACUCCAGCAGAAUUUGCACUCUUAAAAUGGACCUCAAGCUUAAAUACCAAAGCAUUAAAAUACUGAAAUUGCACUCAGCACUGUUAAAGAGACCCUGUGAAAAGAUGUAUUUUUAUAGUGUAUUUCAAUUUUUUUAUCAUAAGAGAGGCAGAUAUUGCCAGGAAAUAGUAACUGAAGCCAAGCUGUCUGCAUGACCCCUCUAGUCCCACUGUUACUUGAAAGGUGCAGGUCACACGCUUUGAAAAUUCGUUUGUGCUUCCUUCUGAAUAAUGGGAGCAAAACUCCUGGAUUUCUCAGAUUAAAGUGUUGUCUGUGUUCCACAUGGCAAUAAUGAGGACAUGCAGAGUAUAAUGUAAUAUUUUAUGUGCCCAUUAAUAUGAAUAAGUGCAAUAGCAACAGCAAUAAAAUUCACUGUAACAAAA